UAGAACGGGAAAAAAGAUUGGGGUUUUGAAUUGAGGGAUGAAUUUGCGAAAUCGUCGUCUCAAGUUUUUGACGCCGGCGGUUUAUCACAACUAAGAUGGAUAAUCAAUCGGGCUUAGGGUUUGAGCUUAGCUGCUCAAUUUUGUGUUCGAUUUGAAAAUGGCGUCGGGGUUAUUAUCGAGAACUCUCUUUGCCCACCGCUUUCUCAAGUCAUCUUCCACUUCCUUAUCCUCCACCAAGCCUCAAUUCUUUUCAUCUGUUAAGAAAGCAUUCUACUCCCAAGCUGCACCAACCUAUUUCUCUUACAAAGUGGUGGGUUCGUUUACUUGUUGCCUUGCUUCAUCAAGAGUAGGAACAAUGGCAACAUUCUCAACACUGGCGGUCUACUCCAGUGAACCUGUUGUUUCCGUUGACUGGCUCCAUGCAAACCUCAAACACCCUGAUAUAAAGGUAUUGGAUGCAUCUUGGUACAUGCCAAACGAGCAGAGAAACCCUCUUCAAGAGUAUCAGGUUGCACAUAUUCCUGGAGCACUCUUCUUUGAUGUAGAUGGUAUAUCCGAUCGUGCUACAAAUCUGCCACAUAUGCUGCCAUCUGAAGAAGCAUUUGCAGCCGCUGUAUCUGCUCUUGGAAUCGAGAACAAAGAUGGGGUUGUUGUCUAUGAUGGGAAGGGCAUCUUCAGUGCAGCUCGUGUAUGGUGGAUGUUUCGAGUGUUUGGACAUGACAGAGUUUGGGUUUUAGAUGGUGGCUUGCCAAGAUGGCGUGCUUCUGGAUAUGAUGUUGAAUCCAGUGCAUCUGGUGACGCAAUUUUGAAAGCCAGCGCUGCCAGUGAAGCAAUAGAGAAAGUAUAUCAACGACAGGCGGUUGGACCUAUUACCUUUCAGACCAAGUUUCAGCCACAUCUCGUCUGGACCCUUGAUCAGGUUUGGAAGAACAUUGAAGAGGGAACGUAUCAGCAAAUAGAUGCUCGAUCCAAAGAUAGGUUUGAUGGUGUUGCACCAGAGCCUCGAAAAGGAAUAAAAAGUGGUCAUGUACCUGGGAGCAAGUGCAUUCCUUUUUCACAGAUGCUUGAUGGCUCUCAGACACUAUUAUCUAAUGAAGAGCUCAAGAAAAAAUUUGAUCAAGAAGGUAUCUCUUUGGACAAACCUAUAGUAACUUCCUGUGGCACUGGUGUAACAGCCUGUAUACUUGCCUUGGGCCUCCAUCGUCUUGGAAAGGCUGAUGUUCCAGUAUAUGAUGGUUCAUGGACAGAAUGGGGAGGGCAUCCAGAUACACCAGUCUCCACAUCUACAUCUGAAGCGUAGAUUCUACAUGCUUUUGACGAGUGCUUCGACAUAGGACUUUACAAGGUCUACUUUGUCCAUUUAAUUUCUUGUUGGUGAGUAUGACAGCAGCCGUUGUAUCAUGGAAUAAUUUGAUACUCAUAUAUAGUUAUGGCACAUAAAUAUGUCCAGUCUCCUAAGGUGGGAAGCCAAAUGAGGGUCUGAGGACGAGUUGCCAUCUCCCGUCAGGAUUAUUAUUGUUUAUAUGCGACAUUGUUGUGGUAGGACUUGGAUGCUACUAGUAUGAGCAGGUAGGGUAAAUCAAACCUGUUUUUGAGGGAGAAAGAGUGCCAGCUCACCGGAAAAUGGUGUUCAAAGGGGUUAUUCGUGAGGUGGAGGGGGUAUUAUUUCCCAACUAUUAAUGGUUAAAGUUGAAUUUAUUCGGGCUACUUGAUCAGGAGUCCAAGUUUUCGGAUCUUUAAUAAGCAACAAACAUUUGUUCUGUUUGA